AUGGAUGAAAAUUACACCAAGUUAGCCAAGUUGGUAAAAGCGCCUGAUGAAAUUUCAGUUGAAAUAAUCCUAGACAGUGGUUAUGACAUAAACUAUUCAGUGCCAGCCCAUAGCCCAAUUCUAUGUUUAAAAUUUGAGUGUCUGGGAAACACAGCACUACACUUCGCUGCACAAUCUGGAAACGCAUCUAUUAUUGACUUACUAAUUAGUCGAGGUGCUGAUUUCACCUGCAAAAACAAUCAAGGCUUUACUCCACUUCGACUGCUUUGGGAAUCUUCCAGUGUUAAUACUAGUGAUCCAAUCAUCAAUGAACUGAUGUCUGCUCAUACAGAAUAUAAAAACCCAGCCAAUCCACGGUGCAAAAACGGAAUAUCUCAUUUUCAUAUAGCUUGUAUGACAAGAAAUUUAGAGGUAUUUCUAGAGCAGUUUUUGAAAAAAGGCCAGAAUAUUAAUGCACCAGUGAAUUUUAAUUCUCCAGUGUGGCCAGGUUACACACCUCUGCAUUUCGCUGCCCUCUGCAAUUGGGAAACUUUCAAGUUCUUGCUGGAGAAUGGAGCUAACAUCUUGGCUAAAGAUGCUCAAGGUACAACUCCACUUGACUUGUGUCUAGAAAAAGAUGAUGGAACAAAGCUUGUCGAGAUUUUUCAGACUCAAGAAAAAUUAGCAUCAAAAUUUGAGAGUGGUACAAAGUUAAUCGAUAUUAUUUCUAUAUUUAAUACUACAGAUACAUUUCGGGAUUACAUGAGAAGUGCAGAUAUAAAUAGGAUUAUUCCACCUGAUGCACCGUUAUGGCCAGGCUGUACGUUAUUACAUCUGCUUGUUACAUUUUUUGAAACAUCUUUCUGUAAUAUUGGUGAUAAAAACAUGGAAAAUGACUGCAACAAUGGACAGAAAAGCAUCUUCAGGGUCAAAUUAUGUUUACAGUAUGGAGCUGAUUUAAGUAUUCAAGACAAUAAUGGAAUGACGCCUCUUCAUCUGGCCUUUUAUAUGAAAAAACACGAAUGCGUUAAAAUCAUUUUAGAUGCUGUUGAUACUCUUAUUAAUUGCACUGAUCGAUAUAAUGUAUCCCACUUGCACAUAGCCUGUUUUUAUGGUAAUUUGCGAAUAAUUGAUAAUUUUGUAUCCAACGGAGCCGAUCCUAAUGUCCAAAUACAGUGUCAUUAUCAAAUGGUUAACUGCACACGUCAUAAUGACCAAAUUCUGAUCAGAGCCGGCUCUACACCAUUACACAUAGCAGUAGCAACUGGAUCCGUAGAACUGGUGAAAUUAUUGUUGAAGUAUCGAGCUGAUACUACCCUUACCGAUUGUGAUGGUCUAACUUGGUUGCACCGAGCAUUUACAAGCCCAUACUUUGAAAGCUUUAAGCCUUUUUUGUGGUCAGAUUAUAAAGUUCUCAAAACAAAUUCUGUAGCUCCUGGUGGACUGUCACACUUUCAUGUGGCUUGUUAUUCUGGAAAUUUCCGAGCAGUUAAAGCUCUUAUGCCCAGUAUAGAUACUAUUAAAGAACAGAUGAAUUAUGUUCAAUGUAAUUCACACAUGUUACACUUGGGAGAUAGCCUUUUACAUUUAGCAGUUAAGGCUGGCUCCAGACAAACAGUUGACCUACUCAUUAAAAAUGGAGCAGAUCUGGAUACAACAAAUCCUCAAGGCCUAACUCCGCUUCAGCUAGCUGUAUUUUUAACGGGUGAUAUUCCAGAUGUAGUAAUCCAGCAUCUUUUAAUGGAGUCCCGCAGAAUGGGGAAACUCUCUGAAACAAAUUUGAUUGGAGUUCAAGUCAUGUAUGGCUUAAAAAAAAUAUAUCUGUACUUAUCAAAGGCUAAAACUAAAUAUGAAAACUUGGACAGACAGGGGAUUGAAGCUCUCCUCCAGUACAACGACCUGUAUCCUCCAGUGAAACGAAGUCUUGAUGCCAUUCAAAAAUUCAGAGGGCACGAGUUCUACAAUCUAUGGAGCAUCAAUAAUAUUUUACUUUUGCAAUUUUCGCCAAGUCAAAAACUUAUUGUAAAUCAUGAAGGACUGUCGUCUUUCCACAUUAGCUGUACUGGAAACGAUCUAGACAUUGUCAAAGAGUUUUUAGAAUCUGGUGUCAAUAUUAAUUCUCCUGUGAAUCAUUUCGCCUCUAGUCACGCUGGAUACACUCCGCUGCAUUUCGCGACAGUAUAUGGUACUGCAUCAGUAGUUGAAACGCUGUUAAAAAAUGGAGCCAAUUUCAACCUCGAAGACGCCUAUGGUUAUACGCCAGUGCAUUUAGCUGCGUCGGGUCACGCGGAAAAAUUCAGAGUAUUUUUGAGAUCAUCAAACAUGAGCAUUGACACCAAAAAUAUAUAUGGUGAAACAGUUAUGGAUUGUCUCUUCAAAAAUUCUUUCAUCGAUAGACGCGUAUUUCUUGAGUUACUAUGUUAUGGAUGGAUAACAGAAAGCAGCGAUUCGGCUACUAAAAUGUUACUCAUUAAAAAAUCCAUGAAGUAUUGUAUAAGCGACGACUUGCAAUUUUUAAUUUCAUGCAUACCUCAUGUGAGUGACGUUGAUGCCCAUGGCUGCAACAUAAUUCACUAUUGUGUCAUGUUUUAUGAUUACUUCAGAACUGUCCAUGAAUUUGCUUCCAUAAUUGAAUCUUUUUUGAAAUGUGGAUGCGAACUUGAUCAACGAGAUAAUCAAGGGCGAACACCUCUUUAUUAUGCAUUACUUCGAAACAAUUUUAUAAAGAUCGAUGCCCUUGUAUCACUCGGAGCUGACAUUAACAUGGUUAAUUCUACACAAAUUCCAUCGUUUUAUCUUGUCUUUUACGUACAUAUAGUCUUACUUCAAGCCGCUGGCUUGCAUGUUAAUCCUAUAACACGAGUCAGGGACGACGAUGUACAAGAAGCAACACAAAUCGUCCAGUUGAAACAUAUGAAAGAUUUAAUCAUUACUAAAUCAUUUUCCUUGCGCGAUUUUCUCACGGAAGAUAUGGUAAAAAAAUUUCCAAUGAUGCCCAAGCACAAGCGCCAAAUCAUCCUUGAGUACAUGAACUGUAAAAAUUUGCCACAGAAGUUUCCAUAUUGGGUGCCUAUUUUUAACUUGCAGCGAAGGAAGGCUUUGAAGAGGGAAAAACUGUUCGAACCGGCGAGAUUUGCGCUACAAAAUCUUCUGGACCCAAGGUUACCUGAUCACUGUUGUGAAUCUAUUUUAAUGCACUUGAGCAAUGAUGAUUGUCAAUCUUUGUUGAGUUGUUAUAUGUCUCAUGCUCAAAAACAAUGAAACUACUUAAUUGUAUUUUUAAAGCGUAGUUUUACAUAACGACGAAAGUUUGUUUUUUUGUUUGAUCUUGAGGCGUGAGUAUCAAGAAAAAAAUUAUUAA